AUGAACGAGCUUGACUAUCGAAGGAGUAUGGAAGCUAGGAAUAGCGUGACUCUCAACUCGAAUAUGGAUUCAUUUGAUCUGAUCAAUCUACUGCGGAAUUUACCCAAGGACAUUGUUGGGGAGGACAACGAAAAGUGCGAAAUCUUGACUCUUCACCGGGUUGACUUGGAUUACAACACUGUCUAUGAAAUCAUUGAUCAGUUGUUUCGAUGGUCCCAGGUCGAGUUUGAUGACUCAAGCGGUCAUCAUAUGUAUGCACUCUUGAAUGCAAUUCUGAAACAUGAGAACAUCAAACAUUUGUCCAUCAUAGGCGAUGAACUGGAUCCAGAUAGUGUCGAAGCUAUGAAAGAAGGUUUAUGCUCAUGUUAUCUACAUGAGCUAGUGUUGUUCAUUGAGUUGACCAGAGAAGCAGCUACGAGCAUUAUUCUCGAAGGAAUUAAUAACGCACCGUCGAUAUUGAAAUUGGAUCUCAGUCAAUGCGAAAUUAGCCCUGAUUCGAUCGAGGUGAUAUGUCAAGCAUUAGAGACCAACGAAUCCUUGGUGUCGCUGAAUCUCGAAAAUUGUCGAUUGCAAGAUGACGAAAUCGCCGAAAUCCUAUUGUCACUACAAGACAACCAGAGCCUUCAGCACCUAUCGUUGGCAAUGAACUAUGCGGAAGAUGAAGCCAUGAAUGCAGCCAGCAGGCUACUGCAAUCCCCAACGAGUCGGCUGAAGAGCUUGAAUUUAGCACAACAAAAUCCUGGGACGCUGGAUCUACUUAGUCUUUCCGCGGGCUUACGUGAGAACAAGAAAUUACAGCGUUUAGACUUGUACGAAAGCUUUGUAGACAAGCAACACAUGGCCGCAUUUGCAGAAGUAUUGACAGUCAACACGACAUUACGGGAGUUAAAUUUCGAGAACUGUGGAUUGAAGGAUUCGAUAUUGUCUCUUUUGUUGGUGCAGUUGAAAAGGUUUACUGGCCUUCAAAAGCUUUAUAUCAAGAAGAAUGAGCUGUCAAAACAGCUCGACCCUUCAACUAUACGGGGAAAUUUCAUGCUGCAAGUCUUGGAUGUUGAAGAUCGCCUUAUGCACCCUCAAGUCUAUAUUGAUCUUGCUCUUAACAGGGGUGGGCGACAGUAUUUGGAUCAGAAUAUGCUUCCCAUGGGGUUGUGGCCAACACUAUUUGAGAGGGUUAAUCGAUACUUUCAAGAAACAUCGGACGAUCAGGCUCCGUCGAGAUGCCACCAUGGAUUCUCUUCAGCUGAUGCUUUGUUCUAUUUGAUCAAGGGCUCUGUGUUCUAA